AACAUUUUCAAUCUUUUAGCACGUACAGGAAAAUAAGAACUGAAACAAGCGCAUGUCCCCCGUCCCGAGUCCUAGCGCGACUCCGUGCGACGGCGAGGCCUCUGUCCCGUCCUCGUCUCCUCGAGGCCCGGAGGCUGCGAGUCUGUGACACUUGACCGUGAGGCGGACGGCGACUCGGAGGACUUCACCAGCGAGUCCCUCAAGCACCGAGGCCGAGCCGCCCACCGCCCGCCGCCGCCUCGCCUGGCGCUAGUCGCCGUUGCCGAGCCUGUUCGGCACAUCCGUUGGGGUGCCGGGGCACCGAUCAGGCUGCGCACAGCCGAAGUCGGCCUCCGGGUGCCCCAAGCUGCAGAGCAGCGCGCCAGCGCCCGUGGACCGGUGAAUCAGACUACCCUUGUUUCAAAUCCUGGGUCCGCCAUUGGGGGCGGUGAGGCCACCCUAGUAGAGGCUAGAGGAUGAUAUACACGGCGAUCGACACGUUCUACCUGACAGAUGAGCAGCUCCGUGACUCGCCAUCACGGAAGGAUGGGAUCGACGAGGCCACCGAGACUGCGCUCCGCGUCUAUGGCUGUGACCUCAUCCAGGAGAGCGGCAUCCUCCUCAGGCUGUAUCCUUUUUGCUGCAGUUCUUCACAUCCUCUCGCCAAUCUAGCUUCCUAUGUCCAAAUCCUGUCAUUAAACCAUUUAGGGGCUUCUCAAGGUUCCUAGGGUUUUUGUUAAUUAGCUUAUGUGUGGCGACUUAUUAUUAAUCGAGUUCUCUCCAGUGUGAUUUCUAGGGUACAUGUUUUCUGUCAGUAGUAGUUCUAUUGAUUACGCUUAGGAUUAAGGAAUUUUGGUCAGUAGGUGUGUGCAUGGUUUUUUUUCUCGAAAAACGCAGGAGAACUGCGCCUCAUUUUAUUAGGUAGGAAGAAAAAGGGUCAGAAAGGACCCGAAUACAAGACCUCCUUAUGGAGGCCAGAAACAAGCAUAAAGGAAACAAUCCAUACACAACUAAAAGGUACUACUUAUCUCAGACAUUGGUACUGGGAGCAGCUAAAAAGGAAAGACCCUUAGCUCCUGCAACCAUCCAUUUCUCCCUUUCCUCAGCAGUGGCCUCUAAGAUUGUAGUGAUAUAUGGGGGGGGGGCGUCAAACACCACUCUGUUUCUGAACUUCCAGAUCAUCCAGGCUCUCAGAAUCAAAGUGAAUUUACCCCCUUCUUGGUCAUGUCUGACACAAUAUCAGCAAUACGUUUCCACCACUGCAGGAAGUUUGUGUCAUCCUGGAGAGGGGCAAGAUUGUGGAGCCCAAAUUUCCGAAGAGUGAUGUACCAAUAUAAUCUGGAAAAGCAACAAGAAACCAAAAGAUGGUUGAUGGUUUCAGGCUCUUGGUCACAAAGAGGGCAUCUUGGAGGAUGAUUCAGUCCUCUUUUUUCCAGUCUGUCUGCAGUCCAGCACGUAUUAUGAGCCACCAGCCAAAGGAAGAACCGACACUUAGGAGGUGCCCAAGAUUUCCAGACCAUUUUGUAAUGCUCAAAACCAAUAGAGUCAGUGAAAAAACCCUUAUAAGCCGAGCUUGUAGAAUACUGCCCAUUAGAAGCAAUUGAAAAGAUAUGCUUAUCCUCAGAAUUAGGUUGCAGCACAACAUCAAUUAUGGCAUUCCAGAGAUGUAGGUAAUCUACCAGAGCUCCCCAGGUCAAGGCACCUUUGAUAUCAGAGACCCAUCUUCUAUUAGUUAGGGCCUCGCGAACAGUUCUUUUAGAAACAAUUCUUUUUGGAAAAGUCAAGAGGAGCCUUGGAGCAAUAUCAGAUACACUUCUGGCAUUAAUCCACUUGUCACUCCAAAAGUAAGUGUUAGCACCAUCACCAAUUUCUGUGACAAGUACAGAAGAGAAGAAGGCUUUAGCUUUGCUUGGGACAUGAACAGGAAGAUUAUUCCAGAGACAGGUAGGGUCGGUCCUUUGCAGCCAUAGCCAUCUCAUCCUAAGUGCCCAACAGAGUUCAGGGAGGCUGGAAAUUCCCAGACCUCCAAAGUUCAAGGGUCUACACACUUUUCCCCAAGCCACCAUGCAAUGCCCUCCUUUAACCUCUCUUCUGCUUCUCCAUAAGAAACCUUUCCUUAUCUUGUCAAUUUCCUUAAUGACCCACAUAGGGAAAUCAAUAGCCAUAGCAGUAUAAACAGACAUCCCAGUGAGAACUUGUUGCACUAGAAUUCUUCUCCCUACCCUAUUUAAUAAGUCAGCCUUCCAGUUAGGUAAUCUAUCAGCAAUCUUAUCCACCAGGGGCCAGAGUUGUUGGUUUGAUAAUCUAUGAAGUGAUAGAGGGAGGCCCAGAUAUUUGCAGGGGAAGGAGGCAAUAUCACAAGGCAACAUAUGCUGGACAUCCAAGAUAGUCUCCUCAGAGCACCUUAUAGGGUAGAUAUUGGAUUUAUGGGUAUUGUUAUGAAUUCUGGUUCAACGCACCAGGGGCAGUAAGGCGUCUAGGCGCCCAGGCGGUGGUCCAACGCCUUGUCUCGCCUUACUGCUUCAUAACAAUAUUUAUGCUGGACAUCCAAGAUAGUCUCCUCAGAGCACCUUAUAGGGUGGACCACCGCCUGGGCGCCUAGGCGACAUAGGCGGGCAAGGCGCCUAGGCGUUGGACCACCACCUGGAUGCCUAGGCGACGCCUUAAGAACAGUGUGUGUGUGUGUGGGUUCUUUACUGUUAUGUAUCAAUAAGGUGUUUCCAUUUUGAAUUCUCUGGCUAACCUACUGUAGCAGAUAAAUAAUAGCAGGUUUCUUUCUUAAUUAAGGAUUAAGAAACUCUUGGUGGCACGUGGUAACUUGUGACAUGAUGAAUUUUGGCUACCUUUGGAUUUGUUUCUCCAAAGGUUGUUUUAGUUGUAGAGUUAGCUUCUUCCGAGGUCAUUAUGAUGUUGUUAUAAACCAAUUCUGCAAUGUGCAUUUUUUUGUUGGGUGGAAUGAUAGGGAGAUGGAGCAUUAUUGAUUAUGUACAUCUAUUAGGUACAUGAUUUCCUUGUCAAUUGAAUACAGUACUUGCAUGUGUUAGGAUACUUUUAGUAAAUAAUAGCGUGUAUAUGUUACUACUCUUUUACUCUUCUUGUCAUUAUUAUAUUAUCUUUGGUUCAUCCUGUUUGAUAACAGUAAAAGGGCGUACCCAGUGCCGUAGGCUUCCCGCACUGUGUGGGGUCUGGAGAAGGGUAUCUUUAAGUGCCAAGCCUUACCCGCAUAAUAUGCAGAGGCUGGGGCUCAAACCCGGGACCUUCCGGUUACAGACGGUAGACUCUACCACUGCACCAGGCCCGCCCUUCAUCCUGUUUAAUAACAGUAAAAAUAUAAAAAAUUAAAAAGAAAAGGAGGACUGAAGAAUAUAGAGAUUUGAUGCCAUCUUCUAUUUGAUCUAAAACUACAGAAAGCAGCAUAGAUGAACCUCUGUUAUAAACUUACUAGGUGUAUGCCCGUGCGUUGCUACGGAGUCAAUAUGUAAUGGUAAAAUACAUUGAGAUGCGAAGUAUUAUGAUAAAAUACAUUGAUAUGCAAUAUACCUGUUCUAACAGCAAUAUUUUUAGCGUAUAUAACCCAGAGCUGUUUUCCAUUAGUGCCUUAAUAUAUUAGGGAUCAUAUUGGAAGACAUUGAACCUAUGACUCUAAUCACAUCCAAUCAUGCAACUCCAGUAUCUAUGUGACAUCCAUAUAAAAUAGAAGAGCAGAACACAUUAAACCUGGGAAUAGAAAUCAAUGGCAGUAGUAAAAUCCUUUUGUCGAAAUGCAUUGUCACCCUUUUUUUUGUAGAAAUCAAUGGGUGAGGAUCGCGCAUCCUAGAAUGGCGCCCGUCGGAGCUGGGAGAGCGGCAUGUGCGGGUUCAGGUAGGGCUUGCUCGGGAUUGCUCGGAGCCACGACGGACGGAUUGCGGUGGGGGAGUAGAAAAUCAACAGCUUGCUCGGGGACGCGCCGGGGUUUGCGGAGGCGAGAUUUCCGGAGGUCGGGCGAGCGGAGGAGGGGCGGGGGCGGUCUACAACCACAAGCAGUGAUGGCCACGGCACAAGUAUUGUUCCAUCGCUUUUACUGCAAGAAAUCAUUUGUUCGAUUUAGUGCAAAGAGAGUUGCUGCUAGCUGUGUUUGGCUGGCAGGGAAGUUGGAGGAGAGUCCCAGGAAAUCAAGGCAUAUUAUAUUUGUCUUCCACAGAAUGGAAUGUAGGAGAGAAAACUUGCCAAUUGAAUUUUUAGAUGUUUUUUCAAAGAAAUAUUCGGAACUGAGGCAUGACCUGAUACGGACAGAACGGCAUCUGUUGAAGGAGAUGGGGUUUAUUUGCCAUGUCGAGCACCCCCAUAAGUUCAUAUCAAACUACCUUGCAACACUUGAAGCCCCUCCUGAGCUUACUCAAGAGGCAUGGAACCUUGCCAAUGAUAGCUUAAGGACAACUCUGUGUGUGCGAUUUAAGAGUGAAGUAGUAGCAUGCGGAGUUGUGUAUGCUGCAGCUAGGAGACACCGGGUUCCCCUUCCUGAAGAUCCUCCGUGGUGGACUGUCUUUGAUGCUGAUGAAGCAGGAAUUCAGGAAGUUUGCAGGGUUCUUGCUCACCUCUACAGCUUGCCCAAGGCCCAAUACAUUCCAGUAUAUAAAGACAACGAUUCCUUUACUGUUAAGAGAAUCUCUGAUCUACAGGCUUCAAAGGAAAGUCCAGCAAGGGCUGUUGCUAGCGAUAAGGGUACCCCUGUACCCUCAAGUUCUAGCCAGGAGAAGGAUCCAGUGGCUAAGACUAUACUGAACAAGGUGAAGGAAAAAAGUGAUGACGAAGGUAAACCAUUGCCCGCUGAAUUUGAUGGAAAAGAAAACCCGGUGGCAAACUCAAAAAAUGACAAGUCUGAUUCUGGUGUCGACCGGAGUCGAGAAAGAGAGAGAUCAAGAGGGCGGGAACGUGAUGCCAGGGGUAGGGAUUCUGAUCGUGAUAGCAGGGGUCGCGAGUCUGAUCGUGAGAGGGACCGGAGACGCUGCUCUAGGGAAAGAAGUUCAGGACACUCAGACAAGGAGAAAUCAAGGCGCCAUUCAUCACGCGACCGGGCUGACUACUACAAUUCGCAUUCAUCUCGUGAGAAAGAUCGGCAUAGGCACCAUUGAUCAAGGUGACGAGGAUCCCCGGUCUGCAGGGCUUCGCUGCAUGGAGACCACCACUUGGCAGUGCCGACCGGAUCAUGAAAACUUGUGGAUUAUCAUCCCACUGGUGGUUGUAUUGGCUUGAUUGUGUUUUGCACCUUGGAUUGUAACUUGCAAGAUACGCUAGCCAUGAGCUGUGUGCAACUUGAAUUUAUAAACACAACAUAUAAGAUACAAUUGACGCACGUGCACUAACUGCCAUUCCAGCAGAGCUUGUGGAAUGUUAUAAAGAAACAGUUUGUGGAA